GGAGAUGAAUAUACUCAAUGACUUGUAGUUAUACCUAUAAGUUUAUAUCUAUGCUUAUAAUUUAUAAUAGUACUUUGUACUACACAUGCGUGCAGACGUAAGGCAAUUAUGAAAAAUCUAGAUAUCUGAUCAUUUUUGUGGAAGACAAAAAAGAAAAAGUCAUGGUAAAUGUUACGAAAGGGAUUUUAGUUGAAUGCGAUGCAGCUAUGAAGCAAUUUCUUUUACAUUUAGAUGAGACAUUUGCUUUAGGACGAAAAUUUAUUAUUCAAGAUCUAGAUGAGAGGCAUUUAUUUAUCUCUGCCGAUAUUUUAGACACCUUACAAGCAAAAGUGGAUGACCUUAUGGAUCAAAUAUCAUUUCCUCUAGCUGAGAAAGGAAUAUAAGAACUAUCAAAGAAUGUCUUAUUUAUAACCUAUUAUAAAAUAGGUUAAAAAAUUGUGAAUUACUAUAAAUUAAUCAAAUAUGGCUGCUCGAGAAUCUGGUAGAAUAAAAGAUGCAUAUCAAAAGAGAGUGCUUGAUGAAGCUGCUCGUAAACGUAGACAGAAGAAAGCAUUGGAGGCUUUGGAGCAAGAUAAUUUUCAUGAUGAUCCGCAUGCGGAUUUGG